AUGUUCGCUGCAGUUGUGAAGGAAUUCGGCGGUCCUGAAGUGAUAAAAGUACUUCCCAACAUUCCUCUGCCUGUUAUUCAAUCAAGUAAACAGAUUCUGAUUCGUGUUGGUGCUGCUGGUGUGAAUCCUGUAGAUACUUACAUUCGUAGUGGUCAAUAUCCAUCGCUUCCCACUCUGCCCUAUACUCCUGGCCGAGAUGGUGCAGGUAUCGUUGAAAAGAUUGGUGCAGACGUAAAGCACGUGAAAGUCGGUGAUCGUGUCUAUUUUGCGACUUCCUUAACCGGAAGCGCUGCUGAGUAUUGCUUAGCUGAAAAUGUGUUUCUUCUUCCAUCUGGACUUUCACUGCAAGAGGGAGCUUGUAUUGGAAUUCCCUAUAUGACGGCUUAUAGGGCAGUUUUCUUGCUCGGAAAAAUUCAGAAGGGUCAACGCCUUCUUGUUCAUGGCGCAUCUGGCGGAGUAGGUUUUGCGGCUGUACAGAUGGCUGCCAAAGAAGGAGUAACGGUAGUUGGAACCGCGGGUACCGAAGAAAGCAUCGAGAUGGUCCGGAAAAAUGGUGCUUGCGAGGUUUUCAAUCAUAGAAGUGCUGGAUAUAUUGAUGAAAUCAAGAGCAAAUAUCCUGGAGGUUUCAACUUAAUAGUGGAAAUGUCUGCCCACACGAAUUUAGCCAAUGAUCUUGAACUUCUGGCUCAUAAAGGCCAAGUAGCCAUCGUUGGAAAUCGCGGUGAAGUGACUAUAAAUCCGAGAGCGUUGAUGAUGAAAGAAGCCAGUGUUUUUGGUGUGAUGUUGGCGAAUUCGAUAACAGCUGAUUGGCUUGCGGCAUCCUCAUACAUCUCAAAAUUUUUCUACACUUCAAAAUUCCGACCAGUAGUUGCCCAUGUAUAUCCAUUGAGCUCUUUGAGUUCGGCACACAGCGAUAUCAUGGGUAGCAAAGGUGCUAAAGGAAAACUCAUUGUUUCUGUUAAUGAUCAACUGUAA